ACCCAAAGAACCCUCGCAUUUUCGUUGCCGUGGAGUAUCCUCCCGUAAUCUCCUUUACAAAUGGGCUCUGUGGCCUAGCGCCCCCUUCCCCCGAGCCAGGUCACCCGUGAUCGUCCGCCACAGCCCACUGCCUGACAGGGGCUGCUCGGGAGCCGCCACUAAGGUUUACAUCAUCAUAAGAAGAACAAGCAACAUGGCAGCAAUCCCGUCCAGCGGUUCACUUGUAGCAACCCAUGACUACUACCGAAGGCGUCUGGGUUCCACUUCCAGCAACAGCUCCUGUGGAAGUGCUGAGUACUCUGGGGAAGUGAUCCCCCACCAUCCUGGUCUUCCCAAAUCAGACCCAGGCCACUGGUGGGCAAGCUUCUUCUUCGGGAAGUCGAGUCAUCCGUUCAUGACAACUGUAUUGGAAUCCCCAGAGCACUCAGGAACUUUCCAGGUUGCUCAUGGCACGAUCACCUGUGACCUGGCUCAGGAGGCCAUGAGGAAGCGGCAUGUCAGCAAGCCCAGCAAGACCAACACUGGGCCUUCUGCAUGAGCAGCAGCACCCUCCUUGCUGCUCCCUCGCUUCUGAAGUGUGCUGGGCAUC